AAAAAAUCCGAUCCUAUAGAAUAUACGAUGCUGUCCCUGUGUGUAUUCCUGACACUGGAAACAACACAACUUUGUGUUCCUCACCAAGAUUGUUGCUCUCUUAAGGUUUGUUUGUACAUUAACAAUACUUUGGGUGACUCGAUUCGGGAUCCUGCUGCUGCCGUCCGCGAGUCCUGCUACCACCUCGCCGACGAGGAUUUCCCCAUCAAAUACGAGGCCGACCGUCUCCCCCCGCGACGCCAAGAUCCAGGUCCCCCAGCCGCCCCACGCCCGCCACAUCGACGAUGACACCGGUUUCCACGAGGCGCGCCUCAUGGCGGACAUCUCCCUCCUCUCCGACAACGUCCGCGUCGCCUCGGGCAGGCGGCCCAUCGCCAUGGCCUCAUGGUUCUGAGACUGUCACUGCAGACCUGCGCCAUUUUGCCCUUUAUGCUUUUGCUGGACGCACUGGCAUGCUCAGAUGGAGCCGGAAGAAUGAGAACAUCCAGUCACAGCCAUCAGAUGCUGCAGUGCUGAUACCACAGCACAAUUACAAGCUUGAUGUUCACACCCUCAAUAGUCGUCAACCUGGUCAGUUUGAAUGUCGUGAAUUCAGAGAAUCAAUUCUUGGUGUCAUGCCUCAUCAUUGGGAUAGGAGAGAGGAUACGACCCUACAACUUGCACAUUUUAGGAAGCAUAAAAGGAAACAAGUAAAGAAAACGCCAGGAAAGGCUGUUUUCAAUAGCGUGCACGAGCCCAUUGAACACAAUCCACCUGGAAAGGAUGCUUCCAAUAGAAUAGCUAGAGCGCUUGGGAAGGCUGCAGAUAUGGCUGGCUCAAAUCAAGUCAAGAAGGCACAGAUGACGCCUUACAUUCCGACAAUCACUAAUCAUACUCAAGUAUGGUGGGUUCCUAAUGUUGUUGUUGCACAUGAAAAGGAAGGAAUAGAGGUUGUCCAUCUAGCUUCUGGACGCACAAUAUGCAAGCUUCACUUAAUCGAAGGAGGCCUUCACGCAGAUAUUAAUGGAGAUGGAGUUCUAGAUCAUGUUCAGGUUGUUGGUGCAAAUGGUAUUAAGGAGCAACCUGUUGUAAGUGGGUUCAUGGAAGUGCUGAGACCUUGUUGGGCAGUUGCUACAUCCGGUGUACCGGUGCGGCAGCAACUUUUCAAUGUGUCUAUCUGCCAUUACAACCAUUUCAAUCUGUUUCAUCAUGGUGAUUUUUCAAGAAUUUUUGGGAGGACAUUUGAUCCAACUGGUUUAGAGGUUGUGACUCCUAUUCUGAUCCAGAGAGAUGAUGGUCAUAAACACAGGAGAGGAUGUCAUGGCGAUAUCAUCUUUUUGAAAAACUUGUGACAUCGUACUCUCCUGGUCACGAUGCAAUAUGGAGAUGGCAACUAUCAACAGGUGCAACAUGGUCCAACCUUCCUUCUCCAUCUGGGAUGAUGGAGAACAUGGUAGUACCUACUUUGAAGUCUUUCUUUCUGCGAGCUUAUGGCCCGAAAGAGGUGAUCAUCGCUGGUGGCGAUCAGGAGGCUCUGGUGAUUUCUCCUUCUGGUAGCAUAUUGGCACUUAUUGAACUUCCGGCACCUCCCACGCAUGCUUUGGUUCUUGAGGAUUUCUCUGGUGAUGGUCUUACUGAUAUCAUUCUGGUAACAUCUGGCGAGGCAGCCUGGGGCACUUUUCUUCAGCACGCUUGUGGGGUGCCUGAUAGUUGUGAUCGGAGUGAUGUUUGUUUCGCUGCACCUCAACUCGUGGAACAACGGUAAACCAAAGGCUUCAGCUGAAUACAGAUGAUGCAGAGAAUAUGUUAUUUGUUAGAAUCAUACCAACCGUCCACCCAACCUGAGGUUUUGAUACGCUAAUCGACUGGGGGAUGGGAUAUUUAACCUGUGUAAGCUUGCACAAAAUGUUUUGAUCGUGGAUUCAUGCUGUAUGAUAGAGAGUAUUUCCAGAAGUGUUCCUAUCUAUGAUGAUAGUAGUAGAGCUCUGUUAAUAGGUAUGAUGUGAUGCGUUUGAUUAAGCCAAAUCAUCGAGGUCAAGAGCAUUGGUGUUGGUGUUAUAAUAUGAUGAAAAUUUUGAA